AUAUUUAUGAAUCUAUUUUAUCCUUUCAACUGAAAAAUUUGGUUAACUCAUGAUGAACAAACAAAAACGCGAGCUCAAAUUUAUAGUGGGCGUUGCUAAAAGGGACAAACGCUGAAUUCUGCAGGCUGUUCAUAAGAAUCAGACUUCAACCUUUAAUUCCUAGCGAAAUCAGUUCGAGGUUCAGCUGAGCGAGAGUUGUCGACUAUGGAAGAACCGUUUUGAUGUGGUGUUUACUCAGCAAACAGAACCGAAAGUUAUCAUACAGGCAACCUAAACAGAGCGUUCUAUGGCAAAUGAAGCAAAGCCCUGUCCCUGUGAGAUUGGGGAUAAGAUUGAAUAUGGGGGUCUUGGAGAGGAAGUUCAAAUCGAGCACAUUAAAGCUUAUGUGGUGAAGCCUCAAGCAUCAGAGAAGGCCAUUAUUGUAAUUCAAGAUAUUUUUGGAUGGCAGCUUCCAAACACCAGAUACAUGGCUGACAUGAUCUCAGCAAAUGGAUACAUUACUAUAUGUCCAGAUUUCUUUGUCGGAAAAGAGCCGUGGAGCCAAUCUCACGACUGGUCAACUUUUCAGCAGUGGCUUGAGGACAAAAAGCCUACAGACAUAAAAAAGGAAGUGGAUGUUGUAUUGAAGUUCCUUAAGGAGAAGUGUGGUGCAAAGCAUAUAGGUGUUGUGGGUUUCUGUUGGGGUGGUGUUGCCACACACUACGUUGCUCUUCAGUAUCAAGAAAUUACAGCUGCCGUCUCGGUCUAUGGUAUUGUUAGAGAGCGGGAAGACAGGUUUGAUCUCAAGAGUCCAACCCUCUUCAUAUUUGCAGAAAAAGAUGCAGUUAUUCCACUUGAUCAGGUGACCAUAUUGGAGACAAGACUGAAGGAAAAGUGCACUGCUGACUUCCAAGUGAAAAUCUUCCCUAAUCAGACACAUGGGUUUGUCCAUCGCAAGAAUGAAGACAUUAACCCAGACGACAAACCUUACAUACAGGAAGCUAGGAAAGAUCUGCUCAACUGGUUGAAUAAGUACAUGUGAACUUCAACAGGUUGAAUGACUGAGGAGAAGGUUGAACAUUCUGUAAUGACAAAGUUUAAUGUUAAGAAGCAGUUAAUCUGUUGACAUUAAUUUGAAAUUGAAAAGUUUUUUUGUUUUUUUUGUCUCUGGUAAAGCAAGGAAAAUGACACCUUACCAGGCAUUUAUGUGAACAAGGAGACAUAAAAGAUAGCACUUGUCUCAUUCGUAAAGGUGGAAAAACAAAGUUCUUUAUGACCUGAGGGAUUUCUUGUAAAAAGAAAAGAAAAAGGAAAGAAAAGACGAGAGUUGCCUGUUUUUGUCUAUUUUAAGUUUGAAUUUAAAAUGUUUGUGAUUUCAACAUAAAGCUUAUGUUUAAAUGUUUUGCCACUUGCGUGAGCAAAUUAAUAUGUAAAUUUAAAGUAGGCUUAUUACUUUAUAUAAAUAUAAAGUAAUGAAAUUAAUAAAAUGUUUAAAUGUAGUGCGUUUAAACGUGACAUCUAUGAAAUACAGUGUAUUCAAAGAGAAUUGCAAUGCUGACACGCCAUGUUCAGUAACAACUUCUGGAUUUGAAAUAAAAAUAAGUAAAUCUA